CAGAGCAGUCAGGCCAACUGAAUAAGGAUUACAACGACCAAACCUCUCCUCUGAGCUUCUCUGUUGGCCUCUGCCCUGGAACUGGACCCCACAAUGAUGAAGGCCAGGGGUGUCUUCUGGAUCCUGCUUCCAUUGCUACUGUGGCCAGAGACAGGGACAGCCUCCUCCUUACCCCUGGUCAUGGACUCCAUCAUCCAGGCCCUUGCUGAGCUUGAGCAAAAGAUGCUGGUGACUGAGGCCAGUGGCACUGCCUCUGCAUGGAUUCUGUCAGCUGGUAAUUCCAGCCCCCACAAUUCUCUUCAUCAGCACUUGCUGCAGAUAGCACCGAGCCACAACACUCUGGAGCCAGAUCCCCACUCACUGAGCCCAGAGCUUCAGGCCCUGAUUUCCGAGGUGGCCCGACAUGAUGUACAAGAUGGGCAGGAAUACGGAGUGGUGCUGGCACCUGAUGGCUCCACUGUAGCUGUGAAGCCUCUACUGGUUGGGCUAGAGGCCAGCUUGCAAGAGCACACUGUCGCCAAUUUGUCUUCAGAGUGUCUGGCCACGCCUUGUAAUGCUGGAGACAUCUUGACAAAUAUUGGAGCCAUCGCUCCAGGACUCAUGGAUGCCUCCACAAAUGCCUCUCUUACAGAUGUUGGAGCCACUUUACCAAAUGACAAAGCCAAGACUCCCACUACUGUGGACAGACUCCUGGCAAUCACCUUGGCCAGAGACCUAAGUCUAAUGUUCCUCAAUAGUUCCCAGACUCCAAGUCCUCCAGGCCUGGGAACUGAGGGUUGCUGGAACCCGCUUUCUGCCCACAGGGUCUUCACACUGUUGGACCCCAAGGCAUCCAGGCUCACCAUGGCUUUCCUCAAUGGUGCCUUGGAUGGAGCUCUGCUUGGGGACCACUUGAGCCGGGUCUCUAAGCCCCGGCCACCCCUCAGCCACCUGCUGAAAGAGUACUAUGGAGCUGGAGUGGCUGGAGAUCCAAGGUUCCGGAGUAACUUCCGAAGGCAGAACGGGGCUGCUUUGACUUCAGUUCCUACCCUGGCCCAGCAGGUACGGGAGGCUCUUGUCCUGCUGCAGAGGCUAGAGCCAGGACAUCCACAGUUGCAGAACAUGAGCCAAGAUGAGCUGGCUCAGGUAGCCACCUUUGCUACCAAGGAAUUCAUUGAGACUUUCCUAGGAUGCCCAGCCAUUCUCCCUCGCUGCCGCUGGGGAGCCGCACCCUAUCGAGGCAACCCAACGCCACUCCAGCUGCCGCUCAGAUUCUUAUAUGUGCAUCAUACCUACGUGCCAGCGCCACCUUGUACCACCUUCCAGAGCUGCGCUGCCAAUAUGCGCUCCAUGCAGCGAUUCCACCAGAACGAGAGACACUGGGAUGACAUUGGCUACAGUUUCGUGGUAGGCUCUGACGGCUAUGUGUACGAGGGCCGCGGCUGGCACUGGGUGGGUGCGCAUACACGAGGCCAUAACUCCCGCGGCUUCGGCGUGGCCUUCGUGGGCAACUACACUGGGUCACUGCCCAGAGACACGGCACUGAACACGGUGCGCGACUUGCUCCCGAGCUGUGCCAUUCGCGCAGGCCACUUGCAGCCAGACUACAAGCUGCUGGGCCACCGUCAACUAGUGCACAGCGACUGCCCUGGGGAUGCGCUCUUCAACCUGCUGCGCACCUGGCCUCACUUCGCAGAGGCUGAAAAUUAAGAACUCCUCUGGGGGAACCUUGGAGAUUCAGGAGGUGCUAUCCUAGAUGAUGCUCUGAAUGUUCCCUGACCUCCAAUAAAGGGACCUCUGAAAAGAAA